AUGCAAGUAAGUUUAUUUUAGGCUUUAACAGCAAUAGCGGUAUCUUCCUUUGCUACCAGGCAUCAACACAUUUUCAAUGUCGGAAUCCCUAAAAGUGGCAGUGAUCGGUGCUGGCGUCGCCGGACUUGCUUCCGCCCGCGAGCUGAAAAGAGAAGGCCACCGUGUUGUGGUCUAUGAAAAAUCAGACCAGCUUGGUGGAACAUGGGUUUACGAUCCCCGAGUCGAGUCUGACCCACUCGGCCUUGAUCCCAACCGAGAAAUUGUACAUGGAAGUCUUUACUCUUCUCUCUGCACCAAUUUGCCCAGACAACUUAUGGGGUUUUCAGAUUAUCCAUUUGAGAUUAAGAAAAAUGGUGAAAUCAGGACUUUUCCCAGGCACGAAGAGGUGCUCCAGUUUCUGAACGAGUUUGCCAUGGACUUUGGACUCGUUGAAUUGAUACGGUUCAAUACAGAAGUUGUCCGAGUUCAACGAGUUGAUUCCAGAAAUGAUCUGUGGAUGGUUGAAUCAAGGAAGUGUGGACUGAGUCAGGAGGAGACGUUUGAUGCUGUUGUUGUGUGUAAUGGCCACCACACUCAGCCAAGACUCUCCGAUAUACCAGGCAUCGAAAAAUGGCCUGGAGAACAGAUUCAUAGCCACAACUAUCGAGUUCCUGAAACA